AUGGAGGAGGGGGAGGUGAUGGUGAAAAGUGAACAGGAAGAAUCUUCUCUACAUACGGACACAAAUGGACUCCAUGUCUGGAAUGUCUCUGAGGGACGUCUUAUUUUAUCUCAGGACAUCACACAACAUUCUCCGGGAGUGAAUCCCAUUACUCAUAAUGGACAUCACAGACCUUCCCAUGCAGAGACAUCAAUGGAUCCCUCUAAUCCUGAGGAACAUUCUGACCAAUCACAGACUGUUACUCCAGAUAUCCAUCUGAGAUCUCAGAGUGCGGAGACAUCAACAGAUCCAUCUAAUCCCGAGGAAUCUUCUUUAACCCGUGAAGGAGAUCACACAGGAGAGCGUUCAUUGUCUUCCGUGUCUGGGAGAUCUUUCACUAAAUACAAAAACCUUCUUAGUCACCCGACAAGUCACACAGAUGAGCAUCCUUAUUCAUGUUUACACUGCGAGAAAUGUUUCAGCGACAAAGGAAGGCUUCUUAGACACCAAAUAAUUCACACAGGUGAACGACCUUAUCCAUGUUCAGAUUGCGGGAAGUGUUUUAUUCGGAAAGAACACCUUAUUACACACCUGAGAAUUCACACAGGUGAACGUCCUUUUUCAUGCUCAGAGUGUGGAAAAUGUUUUAUUAAGAAAGAACACCUUAAUACACACCGAAGGUAUCACACGGGUGAACGUCCCUAUUCAUGCUUAGUGUGCGGGAAAUGUUUCACUGAGAAAACUGUACUUCGCAGGCAUCAAAAACUUCACACAGGUAAGGGUCUCUUUUCAUGCUCAGAAUGCGGGAAACAUUUUACUCAGAAAGGAAACUUUCUUAAUCACCAGAGAAGUCACACAGGUGAUCGUCCUUAUUCAUGCUCGGAGUGCGGGAAAGGUUUCAUUCGGAAAGGACAACUUGAGAAACAUCAGAGAAUUCACACGGGUGAGCGUCCUUAUUCAUGUUCAGAGUGUGGAAAAUGUUUCACUGAGAUAGGAGGCCUUCUUAGACAUCAGAAAAUUCACACCGGUGAUCGUCGUCAUUCAUGUUCAGAUUGUGGGAAAUCUUUCAUUCAGAGAGGAGAUUUUCUGAAACACCAGAAAAGUCACACAGGGGAGCGGCCUUUUUCAUGUUUAGAGUGUGGGAAAAGUUUCACUGAGAAAAGAAGCCUUCUUUCACACCAGCAAAUUCAUACAAGAGUUCGUCCUUAUUCAUGUUCAGAGUGUACAAAAUGUUUAACUGAGCAAGGAAGCCUUCUUAGACACCAGAGAAUUCACAUAGAUGCGCAACCCUGUUCAUGUUUAGAGUGCGGGAAAAGUUUCUUUACGAAAGCAGACUUAGCUAGACACCAGAGAAUUCAUACAG